GGAGCGCCGCCGAAGGGGACUGUUUGCUCCUACGGGCUGUAGAUGGAGCUGUCCGGCCCCGGAGAGGGGGAAGGCGCCUGGAAAACGUUCUUCUUCUCCCUGGCCGGCCCGAGCGGGGAACAGCACUCCCAGGAUGCAGUUUGUGUCAACACGGCCGCAGCCUCAGCAGCUGGGCAUCCAGGGCCUGGGGCUGGACAGCGGGAGCUGGAGCUGGGCCCAGGCUCUGCCCCCGGAGGAGGUCUGCCACCAGGAGCCGGCGCUGCGCGGGGAAAUGGCCGAGGGAAUGCCGCCCAUGCAGGCUCAAGAAUGGGACAUGGAUGCCCGGCGACCGAUGCCUUUUCAGUUCCCGCCCUUCCCAGAUAGGGCACCCGUCUUCCCUGACCGCAUGAUGAGAGAGCCCCAGCUGCCCACAGCAGAGAUCUCGCUCUGGACCGUGGUGGCCGCCAUUCAGGCCGUGGAGAGGAAGGUGGAUGCCCAGGCCAGCCAGCUGCUAAAUCUGGAGGGGCGGACGGGCACCGCCGAGAAGAAGCUGGCGGACUGCGAGAAGACGGCCGUGGAGUUCGGGAACCACAUGGAGAGCAAGUGGGCCGUGCUGGGGACCCUGCUGCAGGAGUACGGGCUGCUGCAGAGGCGGCUGGAGAACAUGGAGAACCUGCUGAGAAACAGGAACUUCUGGGUGCUGAGGCUGCCGCCGGGCAGCAAGGGGGAGGUCCCCAAGGUUCCGGUGACCUUUGUCGACAUCGCUGUCUACUUCUCUGAGGAUGAGUGGAAGAACUUGGACGAGUGGCAGAAGGAGCUUUACAACAACCUUGUCAAGGAGAACUACAAAACCCUGGUGUCCCUGGACGCGGAGGGCGCGGUGCCCAAGCCGGAUGCGCCAUCCCAGGCGGAGCCCAGGGAAGAGCCUUGUGUGUGGGAGCAGCGUGACCCAGAAGAGCGAGAAAUCCUAAUGGAUGCAGACACAGGAGCGGAGCCCCUGGUGCCUGCACAGGAUUCGUCCUCUCAGGUAAAGCGGGAGGAAGCCCUAUGUGUCCGGGGCCAGCGGGGCCUGGAGGAAAGAGCCAUCCCCACGGAGUCCAUUACUGACUCACCAGCCUCCGCCCAGGACCUCUUGUCCCGGAUUAAACAGGAGGAGCACCCGUGCGUAUGGGAUCAGCAGGAUCUGGCAGAGAGAGAUAUUCCAACGGACCCCAAUUCAGAGUCUCUGAUCUCAGCACAUGACAUUCUGUCGUGGAUCAAACAGGAGGAGCAGCCAUACCCGUGGGGCCCACGUGACUCCAUGGAAGGAGAGCUCGGAUUAGACUCUGGCCCCAGUGACAGCCUGCUGCUGGUGAAGAACCCGCCCCCCGCCCCGCAGCAGCCGCAGCAGCCGCAGCCGCAGCCGCAGCCGGCUCCGCCGAGCCUGGCGGUGCUCCCGGCGGCCGAGACGGCGGCGGGCGGCGGGCCCCCGGACGACGGCUUCCCCGCGCUGGCCGGGGAGCGGGGCGCGGGCGGGGCGCAGGGGGGCGGCGGGGGCGCGGGCGGGGGGCCCGGAGGCGGCGGCUGCGGCAGCUGCUGCCCGGGCGGGCUGCGGCGGAGCCUGCUCCUGCACGGCGCGCGCAGCAAGCCCUACUCGUGCCCCGAGUGCGGCAAGAGUUUCGGGGUGCGCAAGAGCCUCAUCAUCCACCACCGCAGCCACACCAAGGAGCGGCCGUACGAGUGCGCCGAGUGCGAGAAGAGCUUCAACUGCCACUCGGGCCUCAUCCGCCACCAGAUGACGCACCGCGGCGAGCGGCCCUACAAGUGCUCCGAGUGCGAGAAGACCUACAGCCGCAAGGAGCACCUGCAGAACCACCAGCGGCUGCACACGGGCGAGCGGCCGUUCCAGUGCGCGCUCUGCGGCAAGAGCUUCAUCCGCAAGCAGAACCUGCUCAAGCACCAGCGCAUCCACACGGGCGAGCGGCCCUACACGUGCGGCGAGUGCGGCAAGAGCUUCCGCUACAAGGAGUCGCUCAAGGACCACCUGCGCGUGCACAGUGGCGGCCCCGGGCUCGGCGCCCCUCGGCCUCUCCAGGCGCCACCAGAGCACGACUAGGGCUGGGCUGGGGGAGGGGAGGGCCCGGCGGCAGGAGCAGGGGGUGGGGAGCGGCCCCGGGCUGGGGGCGCGUCCGGAACACCCCCCCCCCCCAACCCGAUCCUGCCCGUGGUUCGUGGUUCUCUGCGCGCCUUCCCUCCCUCCACCUGCCGCCCGCUGGAAAUUGGGAAGAGGAAUUGCACUCCAGACAGGGUCCUCCGGGGGGGGGGGGGAAGGGGGGGGGUUGGCAGGGGCCCCUAGACCUGUCCGGCCUGAACGGACGGCCAGCUCAUCUCAUAGGGUGGACCAAGGGGCCAGCUGAGCGUCUUCCCCAAGGGAAGGUGCCAGAGGGACAGUGAAGAGGCGACAGCCUUCGGGCACUCCCCUCAGGCACCUGGCGCGCCCCAUUGGCCGCGGGGGUCACGGACUGUGAUCAGGGGAAGCAACUAGGGAGUCCCAGAAGCCUUCUGAGCGAAAGAAAUGAGGUCCUAAGGUUAAGAGAUGCCGAGUAGGUUAGCCAAAGUGUGUCGGUGAAAUGAGGGAUGGGCUAAGGGGUAACGUGUCUUAUGACAGCACUGCCUCGCGUUCCAAUAGCGCUUUGUACUUUUUUAAACGUGUUUUCUAUCCGUCA